UCAAGUCACCAUGCAUUACUCAAAAUCCAACAAAAGUUCUAGAGCUAACACUAGCAGCAGCAGUGGGGGCAGCGCUAGUGGAGCAGGCGCUUCUGCUGCUACAGGGCGGCACCCGGUCUAUAGGGGCGUAAGGCGUCGGACUAGUGGGAAAUGGGUGUCUGAAAUUAGAGAGCCAAGAAAGCCCAACAGAAUCUGGCUCGGUACAUUUCCUACUGCUGAAAUGGCAGCUAUUGCCUACGAUGUUGCCGCACUUGCCCUAAAAGGCCAAGAUGCAGAGCUUAACUUCCCAAACUCGGCUGCUUCUUUGCCUGUGCCUGCCUCAACCUCCCCACGUGAUAUCCAGGCGGCUGCAACCUCAGCAGCGGCAGCUUUGGGGGCUGCAAAUGAUGCUUUAUUCGGAAAUGAGGAUAAUGAGGCUAGAAACAGUCCAGUAGGACCUGACAAACCCACUACGGUUGAUGAGUUUGUCGAUGAGGAUUUGAUCUUUGAUAUGCCUAAUGUUCUUGUCAAUAUGGCUGAAGGGAUGCUUCUUAGCCCUCCCCGCUUGGACAUUGCUCCUGCUCCUGCUCCCGCCGAUAACGCUGGAGAUGCUGAGAACCUUUGGAAAUUCCCUUAA